AUUUCUUGCUUCCCUGGAUCAACACAAUGAACCUCUGGCUGCACAUCUGACUAAUGAACAACACCACUCAGACAAGAUGGCAGGUCUCUUUACAGUGGAGGCAAUGAGGCGACGGAUCGUCAAUCUGUCAGUGGGUUCCCGGGCAGAGGAAGAGGAUUUCACCCUCAUUGGCUCCCUAUCUAUCUCUGGAGUGCUGCUUAGUUAUGUACCUUGCUAGUGGUAUUUUAUCGGUAUCCUUGAUAUUUUAAUGGGAUCAUCCACCAGAACACCCCUGCUUCACAUUCAAGUCAAAAUAAUACUAAUGCGCAGCCAGGACUUUUUUGUAUAAUCUCUAGUCUUUUUGUUUUUGCCAAAGAUGAUCUCCCCCUCCCACAACAACAGUGGUGCAAUACAACUGCAACAGCCUGAUGUGUGUAGUCUAUGUAGGGAAAAGCAACAGCAGCCAUGCAAGAUGCAAAUCCAACAGUCUAUAAGUGGGAGUAAGAAGUAUCUGUUGUAAAGGAUAUUGAAAUCCUUUUUUGUACCUGGUGCAUCUCUCUCACAUGAUGAUGAUGAUAUUAAAUAGACUACACAUGCACAGGGGAGCGGGCUAGACUCCCAGGAAUGAUAAUCCAUUGAGGGUUAAAUGAAUGGGAGAGACUGGGGGUAACCAUGGCACCAGAAAAGAGCAGAUCUCACCUCUGGAUCCCUAUCACAUGCUCAUUGCUCCCAUCAUGCUCCAUGCUUUGUCUGCCUCUGUAAGCUCUCUGAUUAGUCCCUCUCACUGAGGUAGUGCUCUAGCUGUAUGUUUGGCUACCUGCCGCUAGAGACUCCCAGCCACAGCAGUGAUCAGCAUGUCAUCACUGAGAAAGUUGCAUCAUUCCACUCCAUAUCCGAAGAGGAGGUGAGAACAAAGGCAGAAUGGUAUAGCCUAGUAACAGAAGCACGUCACUAGCUCAGGUUGGUGGUGAGCCUGACAGGGUGUUGAAUACAGUAUUGUCUGUGGUUGCUGUUUAUCUAUUCUGCCCCUUACGGUUGGAAACCAUAUCCUAUUUUGAUUUGUUCUGUUGCUGUUCUUGUAGGAUAGAUGCCUAGUCUUUCUAUGUUGCUCAGCCUAACUGCCUUGUCUUCUCCCCUUUCAUAGUACAGUGAAAUUGUUAAUACAUUUUCCUCUUAUGCCCAGCCUAAUGCUUACCCAAUGGAAGUAAGAUGCCUACUCCCUCCUUUGAACCAGCCUGAAUGUCUUACACUAGGUUGGGAAUUCCUUUCAGCGUGACAUACAUGCCUACUGGUUGCCUGGUGACUCAUGCGUUUCCUAAGAGAGUGGUGGUUUCAUCAUCAUAAGCCUGCUCCGGAAACAAUAUGAGCUGCGAGUCGUUAUUAGCGAUGUGCACUUCACUCUCCGCAAUAGAGUGAGUGGAAGUAGCGGAGUGGAAAAAUAGAGGGCCCGCUAUUCCGAUGCUCGACUGCAGUCAUGACGUAAGGAUGAGUGGGUGUGGGUUGUAGUCGGUUCUGGACAGUCUCUCCGAGCCAGACAUUCUCAACAACACACACUGCCACUGUAUGAUUAGUUACCAGUGUUCAGGGGGGCUAUGUCCUCAAGAUGUGGACUAGCUGAAAUAAGAUGACAAAUCAGUGGCGGUGUCGUCAAGACUCCUUUCAGCCUGUCGGCCGGUCCUCUCCUCCUCCCUAACCUGCGGCACCCUCCCCCCACACCAGUGACCCGCCUAGCCUGGCGGGAAGGGAGAGCUGGAGUCUUUGAUGUGGGCACCUUCACUGCUGCUUCAGCGGGGCCGGUUCCCACUCUCGGUGGCAUCAUGGAUGCCCCCUACCACCACUGCCCCAGGCUAUGCCAAACACAGACCUCAAACAUCUGAUGCCACAACUCAGCCCCUGUAAACUCAAGGAUUUACGAUGGAGUUGAGCGGCGACUAGUGUGGACGUCACAUAAAAUGAAGUAAAAUGACUGAUUUCAUCCUCUCGAGUGGCGCAGCGGUCUAAGGCACUGCAUCGCAGUGUUGCGGUGUCACUACAGCCUGGGGUUCGAUCAGUUGAACAGUGUUUCCUCCGACACAUUGGUGCAGCUGGCUUCCGGGUUAAGCGAGUGGGUGUUGAGAAGCGCGGCUUAGCGGGUCAUGUUUCGGAGGACGCAUGUCUCGACCUUCGUCUCUCCUGAGCCCGUUGGGGAGUUGCAGUGAUGAGACAAGAUGGUAAUAGGAUCGCAAUUGGAUAUCACGAAUUUGGGGAGAAAAAGGGGGUAAAAAUACAUUUUAAAAAGUCUGAUUUCAGCACCCAAAGAAUAGCCCGCAAUUACACACGACAUUGUCGCUAUGAAGUCGGAGCUCCAGUCCGCCCACAUUAGUCGCUGCUCAACAAAUUGGCAACGUUGGACAUAAACAGAAUAAAGCUAUGUCAUAUGAUAUUCCUGCUAUUUUAGGUUGACAGGGCACAGGGAGUGUGCCUAUGUUGCCCUCAGUGUUGUGAUUUAAAGUAUUCCGUUUCAUGCAUGCUGCUUUGCAUAGCGCUGCUCUGGAAGUGAUGGGAAUACUCUAGCUGAGUGAGUGGCAUAGAUCUAGGUCUCACUCUGCACUGAGGGGGUUGAAGUUGUCUUAACUUCCCCUUGGCAACCGUUUCCAUAGCUGAAGCCAGUGGAGCCCUCUGGAGAUCAUUACUCUGCAGGCUUAUGAGGCUCUAAGGCAAGCUGGUCACUAUGUUUCACGCGUAAAACAGCUAUUUUCCUGUUGAAUAGUGCCCAAGGUAGCCUAGUCGAAAUGACUUGUGGAGUAUGAUGUCCUUAUGUGACAUUGGAUCGGGAUGGCAGGAUGUUCUGUAUAUGAAAGGAAGUGAGCUGAAACCUUUUUAUAGCUUCCUUAUGUGAUUUGGAGAAAGCCCUGUAAGAUUUGGAUUCCCUGCAUUCCUAAAGUUAAACACAGCUCACAAGUUUUAAAGAAGACAACUUUGACACUUCCGAUUCGUCCCUGCCUACUAUAGAUGGCUGUUGAUGUGUACCAUAGUUGGUUGACCACUCGGCUGGAUCCCUUCUUGAAUGAGAGGGGGAAGUAUUUAUAUUUUGCAACAGUUAUUUAUGAAUAGUAAUUUUGCAUUUACAAUAUCAAAGUGACAGCUAAUGACCGAAAUAGAAUAAUAGGAGUGUUGAGGGUGAUGUUGGAUCACUUCCUAACUUUAAACUAUACUGAACAAAAAUAUAAACGCAACAUGGAAAGUAUUGGUCCCAUGUUUCAUGAGCUGAAAUAAAAGAUCCCAGAAAUGUUCCAUACGCACAACAAGCUUAUUUCUCUAAAAUGUUGCACACACAUUUGUUUACAUCCCUGUUAUUGAGCAUUUCUCAUUUGCCAAGAUAAUCCAUCCCAUCUGACAGGUGUGGCAUAUCAAGAAGCUGAUUAAACAGUAUUAUCAUUACACAGGUGCACCUUGUGAUGGGGACAAUAAAAGGCCACUCUAAAAUGUGCAGUUUUGUCACAUAACACAAUGCCACAGAUGUCUCAAGUUUUGAGGGAGCGUGCAAUUGGCAUGCUGACUGCAGGAAUGUCCAACAGAGCUGUUGGCAGAGAAUUGAAUGUUCAUUUCUCUACCAUAAGCCGCCUCCAAUGUCGUUUUAGAGAAUUUGGUAGUACGUCCAACCGGGCCUCACAACCGCAGACCACAUGUAACCACGCCAGCCCAGGACCUCCACAUCCGGCUUCUUCAAUUGCGGGAUCGCCUGAGACCAGCCACCCGGACAGCCGAUGAAACUGAGGAGUAUUUCUGUCUGUGAGGAGAAACUCAUUCUGAUUGGCUGGGCCUGGCUCCCAAGUGGGUGGACCUAUGCCCUCCCAGGCCCGCCCAUGGCUGCGCCCCUGCCCAGUCAUGUGAAAUCCAUAGAUUAGGGCCUAAUGAAUUUAUUUCAAUUGACUGAUUUCCUUAUAUGAACUGUAACUCAGUAAAAUCGUUGAACUUGUUGCGUUUUUAUAUCUCUAUUCAGUAUAUAUUUUCUAGAGAUACAGUGCCUUGCAAAAGUAUUCAUCCCCCUUGGCGUUUUUCCUAUUUUGUUGCAUUACAACCUGUAAUUUAAAUGGAUUUUUAUUUGGAUUUAAUGUAAUGGACAUACACAAAAUAGUGAAAAUUGGUGAAGUGAAAUGAAAAAAAUAACUUGUUUCAAGUAUUCACCCCCUUUGCUAUGAAGCCCCUAAAUAAGAUAUGGUGCAACCAAUUACCUUCAGAAGUCACAUAAUUAGUUAGAUUGCACACAGGUGGACUUUAUUUAAGUGCCACAUGAUCUCAGUGUAUAUAUACACCUGUUCUGAAAGGCCCCAGAGUCUGCAACACCACUAAGCAAAGGGCACCACCAAGCAAGCGGCACCAUGAAGACCAAGGAGCUCUCCAAACGGGUCAGGGACAAAGUUGUGGAGAAGUACAGAUCAGGGUUGGGUUAUAAAAAAAUAUCAGAAACUUUGAACAUCCCACGGAGCACCAUUUAAAUCCAUUAUUAAAAAAUGGAAAGAAUAUGGCACCACAACAAACCUGCCAAGAGAGGGCCGCCCACCAAAACUCACGGACCAGGCAAGGAGGGCAUUAAUCAGAGAGGCAACAAAGAGACCAAAGAUAACUCUGAAGGAGCUGCAAAGCUCCACAGCAGAGAUUGAAGGAUCUGUCCAUAGGACCACUUGCUUAAAGAAAAAAAUAAGCAAACAUGUUUGGUGUUGGCCAAAAGCCAUGUGGGAGACUCCCCAAACAUAUGGAAGAAGGUACUCUGGUCAGAUGAGACUAAAAUUGAGCUAUUUGGCCAUCAAGGAAAACGCUAUGUCUGGCGCAAACCCAACAUCUCUCAUCUCGCUGUGGGGAUGUUUUUCAUCGGCAGGGACUGGGAAACUGGUCAGAAUUGAAGGAAUGAUGGAUGACUCUAAAUACAGGGAAAUUCUUGAGGGAAACCUGUUUCAGUCUUCCAGAGAUUUGAGACUGGGACGGAGGUUCACCUUCCAGCAGGACAAUGACCCUAAGCAUACUGCUAAAGCAACACUUGAGUGGUUUAAGGGGAAACAUUUAAAUGUCUUGGAAUUGCCUAGUCAAAGCCCAGACCUCAAUCCAAUUGAGAAUCUGUGGUAUGACUUAAAGAUUGCUGUACACCAGCGCAACCCAUCCAACUUGAAGGAGCUGUAGCAGUUUUGCCUUGAAGAAUGGGCAAAAAUCCCAGUGGCUAGGUGUGCCAAGCUUAUAGAGACAUACCCCAAGGGACUUGCAGCUCUAAAUGCUGCAAAAGGUGGCUCUACAAAGUAUUGACUUUGGGGCGGUGAAUAGUUAUGCACGCUCAAGUUUUCUGUUUUUUUGUCUUAUUUCUUGUCUGUUUCACACACGCACAAAAAAUUGCAUCUUCAAAGUGGUUGGCAUGUUGUAAAAAUCAAAUGAUACAAACCCCCCAAAAUCGAUUUUAAUUCCAGGUUGUAACUCAACAAAAUAGGAAAAAUGCCAAGGUUGGUGAAUACUUUCGCAAGCCACUGUAUGAUGUGGAAUAUUGUGUUGAGCACCUGCUUCUUUUCUAUAACUGAAUCUGAAUGUCUCCUUUUUCUCUUCCCGCUCCAGCUGUGUCCAAGUGGAAGAGCACCAUGCCGUGGACAUCGAUGUUUACCACUGUCCCAACUGUGAUGUCCAACACGGACCCUGCUUGAGUAAGUACCAUCCACCACACACUGUCUCUCUGCAUUACUCCAGCACAAUUGAUUUUAAUUGCUAGUUGGGGAAUAGUUGGCUCUAAGGUAGACGUCUACCCUUUCUCUAUUUAUGAUCUAAAGUGGGUCUGACCUCCCAGAGCAUACGGAGGGGGGCAUUGUUAGGAUAAUUCAAUGGUGGGGUAAUCAUCAAAUUGAGAUUGAACAUGGCCCUUGUUCGGCUGCGGAGGACGUGGGCUUUAUGGGCUUGUGAAAUGGUUUAUGGAGACAAUCAUAACUCAAGGCUUCCAUGUUCCUCAGACGCUUAAGUAGCUAGUCUAGCCCUGCUAGCUCUGUGUAGUAUCUGCUGUGAUCACGGAGUCUCUGAAUGUUCAAGAGUUUAACAAUUAAUUGUUGUCUUAUCUUUGCAGUGAAAAAGCGUAACAACUGGCACCGGCACGACUACACGGAGCCUGACGAUGGCAGCAGGCCGGUUCAGGCGGGGACCUCUGUGUUUGUACGAGAGCUGCAGAACAGGCCCUUUCCCAGGUACUGAAGGAGCCAAGAUACUACCCACCAGCAGGCCUGACACCCCUGUGACCAAGCCACAGAUGCACACACAAAUCACAGAAUAGCAGUGAGCCCAAGGUUUACACCCUGAGUUGAAAACCAGUGUUUUCCUGGUGUGGUCUGGGCAUUGCACUGAACCAGCAUGAACUGGGCUCUUGCCUCAGUGACACAUUUCAGAUACAAACUCAACUCUUACAAAAAAGGCAAGAGGCUACGGAUCCGUAGGUAAACGCCCCUGUCCUGCGUGAAGAAUUACCCCGUCCCAACACCCUGGAUCCCUUUUCCCCAGAGCCGAAGAUCCAAAUCACGUUCUGCCCAUGUGUUUCUUUACCUCUACUUUACGCACACAUUUUUGUAGUCACUGUCCCUUCACGUUUCUCACUGUCAAUCGUGAUGGAUAAUUCUUCACGUUUUCUACCGGUGAAACGUCCAUGCAUGAUCUGCAUGCCAAUCAUUUGAUCUCAAUCAGAUUCAUGGGGAUAUGCAUUUAGAUCAUGAGUUAUACAGUGUUGUUUUGAAUUAUGCACAGUGAGAUAAUUUAAGAGCAGAUCGUGUUAACGAACUGUAGCAUAGCCUACCUGUGUUUAGUUUCAAAGCACAUAUUUUGCCUAGUGGCGCACUUGAGUUUUGGCCACAUGAAAUAAAUGCGACCAUUAUCACAAUAAGCAAUGAGGUAAUGUUUUUUUGUCUUACAGUAACGUUAUACUAUGCUAUUAUAUUCGGUUCUGUUAUGUAGAAUACUAUCAUUGUGAUCUUGCAGACAUUGAUUCAGCUUUGAUCAAACUUUAUUAAACAAGCACCAUUCGCCGGAGUAGCCUGUUCUCUACGAGUAGAGUAAAGACUGUGCCUAAAUUAGAGAAUCCUGCACAUGCCAGAAGCUUUGGGACCUUUAGCUGUAGGGAAGAGGGAUCCAGAAAAUCAGCCGCACGUAAUGUUGCAUUCGUAACCAAGUGGGAGGUGGGAAUUUACCAGUUGGAUGCAUUCACAUGCUUUUAAACUCGUUGAGAAGCGCCAAUUAGCUAAUGGCCUCAAGCUGCGUAAACCAUCAACUAAACGUACAACUAUCAUGCUUGUAAACAAAUUAGUGUUAAAAAAAAACAUAUUAAUAGAUUGCUUUUUAUAAAGUUUUGUUGCAUUUAACUGCCGAAGAUGCUAUUAUCAAGGUACUUUCCUUAAUAGGUGAGGUCAGAGGUCAGAAUGUGAAAGCUCAGGAUGAUGGAUGAGUUUCCCACUAGUAAUUACCUGUUGGAGGGCUGUACAAGUGAAUUUUUCCCAGUCGUAUAUGGUAAAUUCUCACUUCUCACUUGGUUACGAGCGCAGCAUAAACACUGCAAUGGUGCCUACUUUGACAGCUGUAAUAGGUCAUAGAAAACUAUGACAACUGACCAACCAUCAACAGACCACCUUCAUGUAUUCAGCCUGUGGCCCUUGAAUGUGAAUACAUGAAGGAUGGUUGGUCAACACACUCCAUGAAUGCAUCUACUUAAAAUGAGUCAAAUCAAGCGGUACCAGAGCACGAAGUCUGUGGUCAUAAGGCUCCUGAACAGUUAAUCAAAUGGCUACUCUGACUAUUUGCAUUGACCCCAUUUUAUUUGCACUGACUCUCUUGCACCGGCUUUAUGCACACUCACUGGACUCUACCCACACACUCACACAUACUACACUGACACUCCAACACGUGUAUAUAUAUAUACACACACACAUAUAUGCUCACACACACAAAAUACAUGCAUAUUGACAACACACACACACACUUACAGACACACUCUCACAUUCUUCACAUGCUGCUACUCUGUUUAUUAUCUAUCCUGAUUGCCUAGUUACUUUUACCCGUACCUACAUGCACACAUUACCUCAACUACCUCGUACCUUUGCACAUUGACUCGGUACUGGUACUCCUUGUAUAUAGUCUUGUUAUUGUCAUAGCUGUGGGAAGUAGGGGUGCUGAGGGUACUGCAGAACACCCUGAACAAAUCUGAAUUUAAAAAUUAUAUUAAUUUUAAAAAAUCAGCAUGCUGCUUUGGGAAAAAAAGGUAGUUGUAUAAUUAAGAACAGUAUCUUGCAGUAUUCAGUAAUUGUAAUUGUAAGAGUUGUUGCCCUGUCCCUUUCCCAGCAAUUGUUAUUCUAAUGGAAUCCAGAAAUAACCUGUCCACAUUUACAUCAAAAGGUGCAAAAUUAUGGGCAAAGACACAAAACAUCUACAUCAAAUAAAACACGUUUUUGAUCAAAUAACAUGGAAAACAACUACUUUUUGUGCGCCAUUAAUUUACUAUCCUUAAAAACCACUUAAUGUAAAUGUACAUUACUACACUGCUCAAAAAAAUAAAGGGAACACUUAAACAACACAAUGUAACUCCAACUUCUGUGAAAUCAAACUGUCCACUUAGGACAGCAACACUGAUUGACAAUACAUUUCACAUGCUGUUGUGCAUUUGGAAUAGACAACAGGUGGAAAUUAUAGGCAAUUAGCAAGACACCCCCAAUAAAGAAGUGGUUCUGCAGGUGGUGACCAUAGACCACUUCUCAGUUCCUAUGCUUCCUGGCUGAUGUUUUAGUCACUUUUGAAUGCUGGCGGUGCUUUCACUCUAGUGGUAGCAUGAGACGGAGUCUACAACCCACACAAGUGGCUCAGGUAGUGCAGCUCGUCCAGGAUGGCACAUCAAUGCGAGCUGUGGCAAGAAGGUUUGCUGUGUCUGUCAGCGUAGUGUCCAGAGCAUGGAGGCGCUACCAGGAGACAGGCCAGUACAUCAGGAGACGUGGAGGAGGCCGUAGGAGGGCAACAACCCAGCAGCAGGACCGCUACCUCCGCCUUUGUGCAAGGAGGAGCAGGAGGAGCACUGCCAGAGCCCUGCAAAAUGACCUCCAGCAGGCCACAAAUGUGCAUGUGUCUGCUCAAACUCAGAAACAGACUCCAUGAGGGUGGUAUGAGGGCCCGACGUCCACAGGUGGGGGUUGUGCUUACAGCCCAACACCGUGCAGGACCUUUGGCAUUUGCCAGAGAACAUCAAGAUUGGCAAAUUCGCCACUGGCGCCCUGUGCUCUUCACAGAUGAAAGCAGGUUCACACUGAGCACGUGACAGACGUGACAGAGUCUGGAGACGCCGUGGAGAACGUUCUGCUGCCUGCAACAUCCUCCAGCAUGACCGGUUUGGCGGUGGGUCAGUCAUGGUGUGGGGUGGCAUUUCUUUGGGGGGCCGCACAGCCCUCCAUGUGCUCGCCAGAGGUAGCCUGACUGCCAUUAGUUACCGAGAUGAGAUCCUCAGACCCCUUGUGAGACCAUAUGCUGGUGCAAUUGGCCCUGGGUUCCUCCUAAUGCAAGACAAUGCUAGACCUCAUGUGGCUGGAGUGUGUCAGCAGUUCCUGCAAGAGGAAGGCAUUGAUGCUAUGGACUGGCCCGCCUGUUCCCCAGACCUGAAUCCAAUUGAGCACAUCUGGGACAUCAUGUCUCGCUCCAUCCACCAACGCCACGUUGCACCACAGACUGUCCAGGAGUUGGCGGAUGCUUUAGUCCAGGUCUGGGAGGAGAUCCCUCAGGAGACCAUCCGCCACCUCAUCAGGAGCAUGUCCAGGCGUGGUAGGGAGAUCAUACAGGCACGUGGAGGCCACACACACUACUGAGACUCAUUUUGACUUGUUUUAAGGACAUUACAUCAAAGUUGGAUCAGCCUGUAGUGUGGUUUUCCACUUUAAUUUUGAGGGUGACUCCAAAUCCAGACCUCCAUGGGUUGAUAAAUUUGAUUUCCAUUGAUAAUUUUUGUGUGAUUUUGUUGUCAGCACAUUCAACUAUGUAAAGAAAAAGUAUUUCAUAAGAUUAUUUCAUUCAUUCAGAUCUAGGAUGUGUUGUUUAAGUGUUCCCUUAAUUUUUUUGAGCAGUGUAUAUUGCACAUAGGCUGGUCGUCUAGGUUUGUAGCUGUAGACUUUCCAUCACCAUGAAUAAAAACAAUGCACAAUACAGUAAUUGAGUACAUUAGGACAUCAAGUGGUUUGUGAUGAUGUGAUAUGAUGAUGUGGCUCAGUUGGUAGAGCAUGGCACUUGCAAUGCUAGGGUUGUGGGUUCGAUUCCCACGGGGGACCAGUACGAAAAAGUAUGAAAAUGUAUGCACUCACUACUUUAAGUUGCUCUGGAUAAAAGCGUCUACUAAAAUGGAAAAGGAAAGAAGAGACCAUUUCAGUUUUAACAUAGAAAUAAGUUGCAUUUGCAAGAAACUGAAAAACAUAUCAAGCAAGUAUUUUUAUAUUCCACAAGUAUUAUCAGAUUAAUGAUCAGGCUCAAGUUACAAAUGCUGGUAAGCACUCCAAUACAUUUAGCUUACGUUUUUUCACAAAACUAGUGCACUGGGCCUUUUACUAGUCCUGUAUUAGCAGACCGAUUUAUAGACGUCUUCAUCGGGGGCAAAAACAUUUUUCUGCAAAAAUCGCAGCACCCCCACCCCCAAACUACUUCCUGCAGCUAUGGUUAUAGUUAUUUUAUUGUGUUACUAUUUCCUUUUUUAUUUUUUGCUAAUCUUUCUUACUUGUUAACUCUGUAGUAAUGUAAAUUACCCCUCUUUCCUUUGAUGCAGUGCGGCUGAGAUCCUGGUGCAGAUGCAGGGGCAUCAGGUAACACACAAGUACCUGGAGAAGCAGGGCUUCAGCUACCCCAUCGCCGUUCCCGAACUGGUCGGACUGGGUCUCAAGCUGCCCCCCUCCAGCUUCUCUGUCAGGGAUGUGGAGGAGUAUGUCGGUAAGAAGAGAACAUUUUAAGAAAAGAUCACUCUGUCACAGUAUGUGCUGUUUAGAUCACUCUCUCACAGUAUGUGCUGUUUAGAUCACUCGCUCACAGUAUGUGCUGUUUAGAUCACUCUCUCACAGUAUGUGCUGUUUAGAUCACUCUCUCACAGUAUGUGCUGUUUAGAUCACUCUGUCACAGUAUGUGCUGUUUAGAUCACUAUCUCACAGUAUGUGCUGUUUAGAUCACUCUCUCACAGUAUGUGUUGUUUAGAUCACUCUCUCACAGUAUGUGCUGUUUAGAUCACUCUGUCACAGUAUGUGCUGUUUAGAUCAGUCUCUCACAGUAUGUGCUGUUUAGAUCACUCUGUCACAGUAUGUGCUGUUUAGAUCACUAUCUCACAGUAUGUGCUGUUUAGAUCACUCUCUCACAGUAUGUGCUGUUUAGAUCACUCUCUCACAGUAUGUGCUGUUUAGAUCACUCUCUCACAGUAUGUGCUGUUUAGAUCACUCUGUCACAGUAUGUGCUGUUUAGAUCACUCUCUCACAGUAUGUGCUCUUUAGAGCACUCUCUCACAGUAUGUGCUGUUUAGGUCACUCUGUCAUAGUACGCUGUUUUGGUGCCUGUUUGCUUUGUGUACAUUAACUGUGCCAUAUUUAUUUUUAAAACCGCCCCAUUUUCAAAGGAAUUGGGUCAGUGUACUAAUAUCUGUUAGACAUUUUUGGAUAAUUUACCACUGAGGAAGAUGUUAAAUCAAACGUGUUUGCUAAUGAGAUGCUAGCUGAGCAUCUUGUUGAGGAUUUAAAUAUUAAUCCUAAGUGCUUGCCUUGUAACGUGUCUGUACAUUACUGUAAAUGAAUGUGCCUCUGGGCCAUCUCCGGUAAUAGAGCUGGGAGGUUUACUGGGUCCACCUUUUUACAUAUUACAUUAAAGGUAUAGUCAGCGAAAUGACGUUGCCAUGAGCAGCAUCGCAUAUAUUGAGAUGAGUGAGAUGCAAGACUUGGCUCUCACACAGUAUCUGCGCAUGUGCACGGUAGAUGUUUAACACGGGAACAGGACUCUUGCGGGAUUCCGGCAGGAAUGGGAGUCAAGUUCUAGAGUCUAGUUCGGGACCGGAUCGACAGUCUACAGGAACGGGUUGUACAGGAAUAGGUAUAUAAACAAUAAAAAUAAAUCUAUACAAAAUAAAUGCUCAUUUCCCCCCUCCCCCUUCCGUUGGCUCACUCUCAUGCCCCGCUCCAGUUGUAGCCAGUCACUAGUUUACCUCAGAUGCCAACAUAGACUGUCAGUGAAUGAUGAAGCCUUCAAGAGAGGAGUUGCAGCCAAGGACCCAUCAUUAACAUUAGAGCCAAGGAAAGAGCAAUGUUUUAGCUAAAUUUGAUAGUUGUCUUUGACAAUGUAGGAACCGAGUACACGGCUUGAAAAAUAAAAAUGCUGUGCUUUUAUCAAAUGGGCUACCAACCGGAGAGGGGUACAAGCGGUGUGGCAUAGCUCCUCUAGGCCUACUCCCAACAACGUUACCGGUCAAGCCCAAUUGUUUGCCUAUUUAACUAAACCUGUGCCAUCUGAGGUGAAGAGUGAAAUACAAAUAGAUUGACUGAUGCAGUACUACCACUCUUUUUUUUUUUUUUUUUACUUCAUGUUGUAAAUGUUGUGGCCUAAAUGUUCAUAUGUGUGCAGUGCUCAGCUGUAGGCUACGGUUUUAUGCCGGUGCUGAGCAGACCAUCCUGCUGGGAUCUCUAUCCUCCAGCCUUACAUCAUCAACAUUUAGUUCAUUUAGAACAGUGGUUCCCAAACUGUGGGGCGAGCAAGGUGAAAUUGGGUAGUGCAUCAUCAGUUUCCAUCUUGUCAUGUCAGUCAUUGCAUAGCUUAGAGAGAGAGAGCUAUUUAUAACCUGUCAGAAAUGUCAGCUAACGUUUUUUAGAUAGGUUUUUUUGCCUAUAGAUUUUGUAGUAAUGUUCGAGUCACUCAUCACAUGAAUACACAUUAGACAUGACAAAAUGUGUAGCAUUGCAGGAAAUGAACUUUAAACCUGCAACAUUUUCUCUCUGCCAACAAGAGGGGUGAGAAGUUUGUGUCAUGAGCAGUGCUUGUGCCCAUAGAAAUGGACGUGGCGUGUGCUCGUACAGGGGGGGCGUGGGAUGUGCACCAAUGCUGGAAGGGGGGCCUGAGUGAAAAGGUUUAGGAACCCCUGAUUUAGAAGACACUCUUAUCCAGAGCGACUUACAGUCGGUUCAUUUAACUAAGAUCGUUAAGACAACCACAUCACAGUCGCAUAUUGCAUUACUGAAAUUAUUUUCAAAACAUCCUAAACACACACAACAGCCUACAUAUUUCUGCGCAUAAAAAUGAGCACAGGACAGGAGGGAUUUUUAUCGGAAGGGACAGGAAAGUUCCGGGGUUAUGGAACUGUUGCUGGAUCAGAACAGUACAGGAAAAAAAUUGACAGGAAUGAAUUUUCACUCCUGUGUCAAUCUCUACAUUUACAUUUUAGUCAUUUAGCAGACGCUCUUAUCCAGAGCGACUUACAGUUAGAGUGCAUACAUUUUUUUUAUUUUUUUUAUUUUUUUACUGGAAUCGAACCCACAACCCUGGCGUUGCAAAUGCCAUGCUCUACCAACUGAGCCACAUCCCUGCCGGCCAUUCCCUCCCCUACCCUGACUGCGAUGCAGUGCCUUAGACCACUGCGCCACUCGGGAGGACACCUCUAGUGCAGGGGUUCGCCUCACACUGUUCACAGUGUGGUAGCCAGGACACCAAAACAGUGAAGUUGAGCCUCGCACUUCAGCGCUCUUAGUUGUUGCGGAAAUUGACCCACAAUGCUGUUUACUUUUAAGUCUACCUUUAAUCCACCAAUAAUUAAAACGUAUGUAGAUAAUGGUGGAUUAGUUUACCGAGGACAGUGGUUCAUCACCUCUCUCAACUAUGGAGUCUGGUACUUAUGGGAUCCCCUUUCCCAGUACAUUAUCAGACAUCUCAGAUUCAUGUCCGGCUAAGUUUCUUUUAGGUUCAAAUUUCGUUCACUCUGCUCCUUCAGUCUACUGUGUACACACACACACACACACACACACACACACACACACACACACACACACACACACACACACACACACACACACACACACACACACACACACACACACACACACAAAGAGUGGAGCCAAAACCAUCUCACUUUUGCAACUAACCUGAGAAAGUGCUGCACUGGCCGUUGUGCCUCUUAGCAUGGGAAUCAUUGUGUCUCAAGGUUUUUUAUUUCACGGGACCACCCAUACACAAAAAAAAUGUAUGCACGCAUGACUGUAAGUCGCUUUGGAUAAAAGCGUCUGCUAAAUGGCAUAUUAAAUCAUUCUACGUACUGUUCUGUAGGUCUGAACACAGUUAUUUGCCACUGGCAGAAGCACACAGACUUCUCCCAGUGAUUCGUCACACUUCAUUCUCACAUAGUCUUCAUGGCUCUGGGACUCCUGAAAGCUACUUGGCUUUCAGCUCCUAAGCUGCAAUAUGUAACUUUAUGGGCGACCUGACCAAAUUCACAUAGAAGUGUGUGUUUAUAGAUCUGUCAUUCUCAUUGAAAGCAAGUCUAAGAAGCUUUAGAUCUGUUCUAUGUGCGCUCUUCAAUGCUUUCCGUUCUAAAGUUUCGUUUUUGCGUCUUUUAAUUUAGGUUUUAUACAGUAGCUGAAAAUACAAUAUUUUUGGUUAUGGAAAAUAUAUUUCACAGCGGUUUAAAUGAUACAAUGAUUCUCUACACUUUACUUGCUUGUUUCGUCACAUAAUCUGAAAUUAGUUGAACUAUUAGAAUUUUAGCAACCAGGAAAUGGCGGAGCGAUUUCUGCAUAGUGCAUCUUUAAGCUAAGCCCGUGCCGUAAUCAGUCUAGGUUAAGGUGUCAACCUCUGACAAUGAAAUUAAAAUGGUCCAGUCAAUGAAUAACCUUAUUCAUGUAUGGGUCUCUUUGGGGGUAGAUUAGUUUUGGGGGGAAAAAAAAAAAUAUAUAUAUAUAUAUACAGUGGGGAGAACAAGUAUUUGAUACACUGCCGAUUUUGCAGGUUUUCCUACUUACAAAGCAUGUAGAGGUCUGUACUUUUUAUCAUAGGUACAGUUCAACUGUGAGAGACGGAAUCUACAACAAAAAUCCAGAAAAUCACAUUGUAUGAUUUUUAAGUAAUUAAUUUGCAUUUUAUUGCAUGGCAUAAGUAUUUGAUACAUCAGAAAAGCAGAACUUAAUAUUUGGUACAGAAACCUUUGUUUGCAAUUACAGAGAUCAUACGUUUCCUGUAGGUCUUGACCAGGUUUGCACACACUGCAGCAGGGAUUUUGGCCCACUCCUCCAUACAGACCUUCUCCAGAUCCUUCAGGUUUCGGGGCUGUUGCUGGGCAAUACGGACUUUCAGCUCCCUCCAAAGAUUUUCUAUUGGGUUCAGGUCUGGAGACUGGCUAGGCCACUCCAGGACCUUGAGAUGCUUCUUACGGAGCCACUCCUUAGUUGCCCUGGCUGUGUGUUUCGGGUUGUUGUCAUGCUGGAAGGCCCAGCCACGACCCAUCUUCAAUGCUCUUACUGAGGGAAGGAGGUUGUUGGCCAAGAUCUCACGAUACAUGGCCCCAUCCAUCCUCCCCUCAAUACGGUGCAGUCGUCCUGUCCCCUUUGCAGAAAAGCAUCCCCAAAGAAUGAUGUUUCCACCUCCAUGCUUGACGGUUGGGAUGGUGUUCUUGGGGUUGUACUCAUCCUUCUUCUUCCUCCAAACACGGCGAGUGGAGUUUAGACCAGAAAGCUCUAUUUUUGUCUCAUCAGACCACAUGACCUUCUCCCAUUCCUUCUCUGGAUCAUCCAGAUGGUCAUUGGCAAACUUCAGACGGGCCUGGACAUGCGCUGGCUUGAGCAGGGGGACCUUGUGUGCGCUGCAGGAUUUUAAUCCAUGACGGCGUAGUGUGUUACUAAUGGUUUUCUUUGAGACUGUGGUCCCAGCUCUCUUCAGGUCAUUGACCAGGUCCUGCCGUGUAGUUCUGGGCUGAUCCCUCACCUUCCUCAUGAUCAUUGAUGCCCCACGAGGUGAGAUCUUGCAUGGAGCCCCAGACCGAGGGUGAUUGACCGUCAUCUUGAACUUCUUCAAUUUUCUAAUAAUUGCGCCAACAGUUGUUGCCUUCUCACCAAGCUGCUUGCCUAUUGUCCUGUAGCCCAUCCCAGCCUUGUGCAGGUCUACAAUUCUAUCCCUGAUGUCCUUACACAGCUCUCUGGUCUUGGCCAUUGUGGAGAGGUUGGAGUCUGUUUGAUUGAGUGUGUGGACAGGUGUCUUUUAUACAGGUAACGAGUUCAAACAGGUGCAGUUAAUACAGGUAAUGAGUGGAGAACAGGAGGGCUUCUUAAAGAAAAACUAACAGGUCUGUGAGAGCCGGAAUUCUUACUGGUUGGUAGGUGAUCAAAUACUUAUGUCAUGCAAUAAAAUGCAAAUGAAUUACUUAAAAAUCAUACAAUGUGAUCUUCUGGAUUUUUGUUUUAGAUUCCGUCUCUCACAGUUGAAGUGUACCUAUGAUAAAAAUUACAGACCUCUACAUGCUUUGUAAGUAGGAAAACCUGCAAAAUCGGCAGUGUAUCAAAUACUUGUUCUCCCCACUGUAUGUAUGUGUGUGUGUGUAUAUAUAUAUAUAUAUAUAUUUAUUAUUAUUAUUUUUUUUUUUUUUUGAGAUUCUGUUUGUAAUGAAAAGCACUAUAUAAAUCUAUUAUUAAUAUUAUUAUAUUCACAUUGUUUAAAUUCUUCAUAACUCAAGCAUUCACCACAGGCCAGCUGCCCAGCUAAUCAAUUUACCUCAGUGGGCACUCUGCCUGCUAGGCCCAGCAGGAACCUACCUGUAAGUUAUUGUAUUAAAAAAUGUGUUUUCCAUGCCGUCUCCAUUUGGCCUAAUGGCAAACCUGUUGUAAAUCAGCUAUUGUCCUUUUUGGAGCAUGGUUUUAACAUCACACUAUCCAAGCACUUGUACUAGACCUGGUACUAAGAAAGCCCCAUCUGUUCUCCAGGAAACAUGUGCUCCUGGUCCCUGACUGUCACUGGAUGAAAAGAUUGAUGAAGGGACAUAAUUGCUAAUAUGAGGACCAUAAAUAUUUUCCCAGGACAUUUGUGGCUGGAGAGAUUUAUUGCCCCCACUUGUCGUUGGUCGUACUACGCCCAGGUAGCGCCCUUCCCCGUUUGUGCACCAGUGCUCCCCUGGCCGUUCUGUAUGUGAGGCUGCUCUGCCUCCAGCAGUUCCCUGACAUCAGGCGGUGGCCAGCGGGGCCAAACAGGGCUGUGCUUGUACAACCACCAGCUGUCCUGGUACUGCCCCAUGUUAUCGGCAGGUCUGUUCAGCGUUCCCCCUCCGCCAUUUUUUAUUUGCAGUUUGCCAGUUGUACACAGGUGAUGUUAUUUACACACAUGAAAGACAUUAGCCAACUCUUACUAGCCCCACUUCUAGCCUUCCCUCCUCCUCCUCCUCCUCCUCCUGCUGCCUCCAUAACUGGGAGUACAGUAAUUUUAUCUGGAGAGAUUGCUUUGGAUGUUACAAUGCACCUCCUCCAGUGGGGAGACUGCAGCAGCACUGAGGCAUCCAUCAGAAGUAUAAGGGGGAUUAUGAACGCGUCAGCAAGCUUCACACCUUGCGACCUCCAUCACUGGACAUCUGCGCUUGAGAACUCUAGAGUGCCUCUGACUGGCCCCGUGGCUGGGCUGGGGGAGAGGGCAGGGAUUGGACUGGUUUGUCUAUCCCUGGUAGAAUUCAAAAUGUUACAGUAUUUUUUUGAAAGCAGAGCUUAGCAUUUAUUAGUCUGCUGUUGUGUGAUAUUCUGUCACGAGUCACGCCUAUAAUAUGGCUGUAAUAUCAUUUCAAAUCCAUCUGGCACCUGUCCUUACCUAACAUGCUACAUUCAAGUGUUGUUAAUGCCUGUCCUAUCCUCAACUUUAGUCCUAACUGCCUCCUGCAUGGCAUAAAUCAUCUGAGCUGAAGCAUUCUCUUGCAGGUGGUGACAAAAUCGUGGAUGUCAUUGAUGUUGCCAGACAGGCAGACAGCAAAAUGAAACUAAGAGAGUUUGUCAAGUAUUACUACAAACCUCAUCGGCCAAAGGUGCUGAAUGUGAUCAGUCUGGAGUUUUCAGACACCAAGUAAGUAUUGGUUACUUUUCACUACUAAUAAAUGUCCUGCUGCUGCUUUGAUCAUUGUAUAAUUUGGAUUGACUUGAGUCUUUUCUGGAUUCACUAAAUAUUCACCAUUAUAAUAAUUGUAGCUAAAAGCACUUAAUAGCAAUUGUUUUAGAUUACAUGCUAUGAUUCAGUGAAUACUCCUGUGGUUCAGUGAAAUUGUAGGACUAUAAUUGGGGAAAAAUGUAUAUUUCCGAAACUUGCAAGCGUAGUAGUGAGAGGAGAUGAGCGUUGCACUCCAGACAACAGGGAUGCACAUUCUUGCUGUGUUCAGAGGUACAGCGCUGACGGCACUAUUGAAGAUCUGCUGUCAACUACAGACAAGCGGAAGGAAUCCACUGCCCACAGGCACUUUGCAUGCAGCCUAUUUACAGAGAUGGAAGGGUUUGGAAAAAAAUAUGAGACUGAGCUUUGAUCCUUCAUGACUGAAGCAUCAAUGUUCUACCAGGCUUCACAGUGGAACUGAUCAUUUUAAAGAUUGCAUUUUUUAUAAAAGAAUGUGUAUGGCGAAGGGUCUUGUCAUCUGAAAAGGUGUCCUCUGGAGGAACCCCAUCCAGUCCAACUGAUUUAGAACCAUCAGCUCUGCCUGAUUAGCAGGCAGGGGGCGAUGAAGCCCAUCCCCACUACGGUAAGACGAGGCUUCAGACCUGUUUGUGCCAGGGUGGGUGAUCUGUAAAACAGAAAGCAAAAACGGCAAAGAGGUGGGGAGAAAUGCAUUAUUUUAAAUGAAUCUCAUUGGUCAAAUGCCUGGCUGAUUUGGCGAACAGUGAUCUGAAGGUGUCACAUGACAAACGGUUCAGCCUUAUUAGUGAGCAAUGAGGGAUGUAUUGAAAGAUGAGUAGCGUGACGAACAACUCUGCCUUACUGGUAGAGCAUCCCUAAACUCUCCUUUGUAUCCUGUCAGGAUGGCAGCGCUGGUGGUGGUGCCUGAUAUCGCUCAGAAGAUGUCCUGGGUGGAGAACUACUGGCCAGAUGACUCCUUCUUCCCCAAGCCCUUUGUUCAGAAGUACUGCCUGAUGGGGGUGAAGAACAGCUACACAGACUUCCACAUAGACUUCGGAGGCACAUCUGUGUGGUACCAUGUACUCUGGGUAAACUGGGGAAUUCCUUUGCGCAGCAUAUUUUAUAUCUUCAGACAGCAGCGUAUCCCUUUUGAAAUAUGUGCUACGGUUACGCACAAGAGUUGUUCAAGCCUGUUUGCUUUGGCUAUGUAGUCUGACAGCCCAGCAUGAUUAACCACAUGCUUCUCCUGAGGUCUGUCACCCCUCAAGUUCUUACUCAAGCACCACUGACGACAUGCUGGGUCUUGUUCAUUUGCCUUCCCUUUUUUAUGUUAGUAAUUCAAAUGUUCUCAUUUUUCAUCUUUGUCCUGAAGGGAGAGAAGAUUUUCUACUUGAUCAAGCCGACCCAGGCGAAUCUUGCGCUAUACGAGGCGUGGAGUUCGUCCCCCAACCAGAGCGAGGUGUUCUUCGGGGACAAGGUGGACCAGUGCUACAAGUGUGUGGUGCCGCAAGGAACCACUGUCCUCAUCCCCACAGGUGAGGACAAAGUUUUAUUUUUAUUUUUAAUUUUUAUAAGGAACUUGUCUGAGUUCAAAGGGUUCAAAUUGCUCUACUGUUAAAACAUGCCUCAUAUACAGCACUAUAUUUCCAAAGCUCUGCUUCAGGGCAUUCAAAAACACAAGAGCCAUAAGGAGCCAUAGAGCUGCUUUUCCACUUGGCAUUGAGCGUAGCAGCUAGCCUUUAAUGGCGUCUCACAGGAAGGCCUGUGUGAUUUGUCUUCCACUGUGGACCUCCUUUGUCACCGUGGACACCAGCACCACAUGCCACCUUCCUUCCGUCCACUUUGGUUCACAGAACUUCCCCACAUCAUAUGGUCCUCCGAUUUACAUGGCAAGUCAAAUAGGUGAUGACGCGCUCAAAAUGAAUUGAUACUCGUUAAAGGGAAUAUACACUAGAUCUGAAUGAAUGAAAUAAUCUUAUGAAAUACUUUUUUCUUUACAUAGUUGAAUGUGCUGACAACAAAAUCACACAAAAAUUAUCAAUGGAAAUCAAAUCUAUCAACCCAUGGAGGUCUGGAUUUGGAGUCACCCUCAAAAUUAAAGUGGAAAACCACACUACAGGCUGAUCCAACUUUGAUGUAAUGUCCUUAAAACAAGUCAAAAUGAGGCUCAGAAGUGUGUGUGGCCUCCACGUGCCUGUAUGACCUCCCUACAACGCCUGGGCAUGCUCCUGAUGAGGUGGCAGAUGGUCUCCUGAGGGAUCUCCUCCCAGACCUGGACUAAAGCAUCCGCCAACUCCUGGACAGUCUGUGGUGCAACGUGGCGUUGGUGGAUGGAGCGAGACAUGAUGUCCCAGAUGUGCUCAAUUGGAUUCAGGUCUGGGGAACGGGCGGGCCAGUCCAUAGCAUCAAUGCCUUCCUCUUGCAGGAACUGCUGACACACUCCAGCCACAUGAGGUCUAGCAUUGUCUUACAUUAGGAGGAACCCAGGGCCAAUCGCACCAGCAUAUGGUCUCACAAGGGGUCUGAGGAUCUCAUCUCGGUACCUAAUGGCAGUCAGGCUACCUCUGGCGAGCACAUGGAGGGCUGUGCGGCCCCCCAAAGAAAUGCCACCCCACACCAUGACUGACCCACCGCCAAACCGGUCAUGCUGGAGGAUGUUGCAGGCAGCAGAACGUUCUCCACGGCGUCUCCAGACUCUGUCACGUCUGUCACAUGUGCUCAGUGUGAACCUGCUUUCAUCUGUGAAGAGCACAGGGCGCCAGUGGCGAAUUUGCCAAUCUUGGUGUUCUCUGGCAAAUGCCAAACGUCCUGCACGGUGUUGGGCUGUAAGCACAACCCCCACCUGUGGACGUCGGGCCCUCAUACCACCCUCAUGGAGUCUGUUUCUGACCGUUUGAGCAGGCACAUGCACAUUUGUGGCCUGCUGGAGGUCAUUUUGCAGGGCUCUGGCAGUGCUCCUCCUGCUCCUCCUUGCACAAAGGCGGAGGUAGCGGUCCUGCUUCUGGGUUGUUGCCCUCCUACGGCCUCCUCCACGUCUCCUGAUGUACUGGCCUGUCUCCUGGUAGCGCCUCCAUGCUCUGGACACUACGCUGACAGACACAGCAAACCUUCUUGCCACAGCUCGCAUUGAUGUGCCAUCCUGGAUGAGCUGCACUACCUGAGCCACUUGUGUGGGUUGUAGACUCCGUCUCAUGCUACCACUAGAGUGAAAGCACCGCCAGCAUUCAAAAGUGACCAAAACAUCAGCCAGGAAGCAUAGGAACUGAGAAGUGGUCUGUGGUCACCACCUGCGAAACCAGUCCUUUAUUGGGGGUGUCUUGCUAAUUGCCUAUAAUUUCCACCUGUUGUCUAUUCCAUUUGCACAACAGCAUGUGAAAUGUAUUGUCAAUCAGUGUUGCUUCCUAAGUGGACAGUUUGAUUUCACAGAAGUGUGAUUGACUUGGAGUUACAUUGUGUUGUUUAAGUGUUCCCUUUAUUUUUUUGAGCAGUGUAUUUAUUUUAUUAUCCAGUUUCUGUAGCCACACGGCGGAGAAGCAGAUUUCCAAGUUAUUUAUAGUGACAUUUUUUUCACUAGAGGGAAACCACACAGCUUCACACAGAGCUGCUUUUCCCAGUUGGUGGGCUGGGGUGUGUAAAGCUCUCUGGGCUGAUGAUGCUAGCAGACGCUGUGAGAGAGUGACAUUACGAGUGGCUCCCUACUGGGAGAGAGGCCCGGCCCAGAUCCAUAUUGGGUCACGCUCAUGGUCCCUCUCCACCAGCCUGUCAAACCGUUCCCACAGGCCCCCAGUACAUACACACCUCAGUACAUAAACGGACACAACCAGCAUUCUUUAAUAUGCAAACAAUGUUAAUCCCCAUGAAAGACAUUGUUAAUCAGUGUCCCGCUUAAGCAUGACACUCAUAAACAUGGUAGCCAUGGGCUACCUAGCUUAAGAGCGUUGGGCCAGUAACCGAAGGUCUCUGGUUCGGGUCCCCGAGCCGGCAAUGUGGAAAAUCUGCCUUUCUGCCCUUUAGCAAGGCAGUUAACCCCCAACAACUGCUCCCCGGGCGCCGACGAUGUGGACGUCGAUUAAGGCAGCCCCCCGCACCUCUCCGAUUCAGAGGUGUUGGGUUAAAUGCGGCAGACACAUUUCAGUUGAAUGCAUUCAGUUGUACAACUGACUAGGCAUCCCCCUUUCCCUUUCCCAAUCUCAAUGUGCGUUUGGGUGGACUUUCCAGGGUGUUUGCCAAAACAAGCAAGCUAAGGAUGUUUUCUCCAGGGAAAGUGCCAAGACUAAUACAACAUAUGUUUCUAUCUCCUGAUGUCGUAGAUUAAUGUAAAUGAAAUAACAUUUCAGCUAAAGAGAAUUGUAGAGAAUUUUAACUAUGGCUCAUCAGCAUGAGCACACACCUUUAUGGAUUAAGGUGCAAAUUAUUGUUACAAUUAUGUUUUAACAUAAUUACAGUGUCUGAAAUGGUUUAUCACGGGAAGCCAAAGGCCCCCUGGUAGGGAAGGUCAGAGUUGGGCUCUUAAUGGCUGGUAUGUAGGCGACCUGCAGACAGGCAGGGGAUGAGAGAGAACCCCACCUGGUAUCAGCCAUCCAUAUAAUCUCUUGAGCGGCUACCGUCCUCUCUCUGCUGGGGCCACAGCAACGCCGUGUUCACCCUCCAUGACAGGGCAUUUAUUAUGUUUAGGGUCCACCGGCACAGCAUCAUCACACCUGUUUGGCUGCACUGCUGCCACAUGGAAGGAUAUAUCCUCUGGUGUAACAGAACCAUUUCCUAAACCCUUUGAUGUGUCUAAAACACACAGCUGGAAAGCAAGAAUUCCAAAAUGUUCCAAAUUAAAUGUUUAAAUGUAUUUCAUGCAAAGCAGAUUUCAGAGAAACUUGAAACUGGAGAGGGUGAUGGAUUGAUUUUCAGUUGGCGGACUGUGUGUGCGUGUGUUUUUUCUGCCUGCUACUGGCCUUUUGCUCCACAUCGGUGGGUUAGCUGUUGAUUUGGUCCAUCCUCCUCUGUGUUCCCAGGAUGGAUCCAUGCUGUUCUCACCUCUCAGGAUUGCAUGGCAUUCGGAGGGAACUUCCUCCACAACCUCAACAUAGGCAUGCAGCUCAGGUGAGCACCUGAAAUACUGCCCCUCUGGCCUAUGCUCAUUCUAUUAACUUUCUUUAUUGGUAUUAACCUAAGUAAUAACAUUAUGAAAUUAAUGGCCAAAUACACAGCUGUUAUCUUCUGCUCCUUUUAAUGACCAGUAAUGAAGUAGUGGUAGAAUGUCUAUGGUUUGACUGUGAUCCCACUGGGCACAAACUGGUUGAAUCAACGUUGUUUCCACUUCAUUUCUAAAAACAACAAGAAAAUGUGAUGAUGAAUCAACGUGAAAAACUGAUUGGAUUUCGGGAAUGUGUGUAUGUGUAUAUAUAUAUAUAUAUAUGUGUAUAUGUAUAUAUGUAUAUUAUACUGAACAAAAAUAUAAAGGCAACCAUUUCUAUGAUUUUACUGAGUUACAGUUCAUAUAAGGAGAUCAGCCGAUUUAAAUACAUUCAUUAGGCCCUAAUCUAUGGAUUUCACAUGACUGGGCAGGGGCAUAGCCAUGGGUGGGCCUGGGAGGGCAUAGGCCCACCCACUUGGGAGCCAGGCCCAGCCAAUCAAUUCGUUUUUCCCCACAAGGGCUUUAUUACAGACAUAAAUACUCCUCAGUUUCAUCAGCUGUCCAGGUGGCUUGUCUCAGAUGAUCCCGCAGGUGAAGAAGCCGGAUGUGGAGGUCCUGGGCUGGCGUGGUUACACGUGGUCUGCUGUUGUGAGGCCCGGUUGGACGUACUACCAAAUUCUCUAAAACGACAUUGGAGGCGGCUUAUGGUAGAGAAAUGAACAUUCAAUUUUCUGGCAACAGCUCUGGUGGACAUUCCUGCAGUCAGCAUGCCAAUUGCGCGCUCCCUCAAAAUUGAGACAUCUGUGGAUUGUGUUGUGACAAAACUGCACAUUUAAGAGUGGCCUUUUAUUGUCCCCAGCACAAGGUGCACCUGUGUAAUGAUAAUGCUGUUUAAUCCGAUUAUUGAUAUGCCACACCUGUCAGGUGGAUGGAUUAUCUUGGCAAAGGAGAAAUGCUCACUAACAGGGAUGUAAACAAAUUUGUGCGCAAAAUUUGAGAUAAAUAAGCUUUUUGUGCAUAUGGAAGAUUUCUGGGAUCUUUUAUUUCAGCUCAUGAAACAUGGGUUCAACACUUUACAUGUUGCGUUUUAUAGUUUUGUUGUGUGUGUGUGUGUGUGUCAAUAAAUUAAAACGCCACUAAUAUACAAAAAAAAGUUAGAUUUGUCCUGUAUUUCAGUCAGACUUCCUAUUCAUUUGAUGAGAAUUGACAUUCCAACCCGUCUCUUUUGCAGUCACGUUGUGCUUAUGACAAGACAUAUAACAGUAAGGAUGUGUUACUGGUGAUGUUAAACACUUCGCCAAUCGUUGUUGAGAUCUGAUAUUCUGCGCAGCGCAAGAAGAGACGUAGGUCAAUGUCAUAUCGUCAACCAAUCACAUAUUUAAAAAUAUUAUUGUAGGCUACCGUCCUGCAAAAUCAUCCCGUUGUCCCGCAUUUGAGUAUUUUAAAUGUGGUCACCCUAGGUCUCAGCACUGUGGAGCUGUGUUUGACCUCUAUUGCUGCAUCCUCAACUACAGGUGUUAUGAGAUGGAGUGGCGGUUAAAGACUCCGGACCUUUUCAAAUUCCCUUACUUUGAGGCCAUCUGCUGGUACGUGGCCAAAAAUCUACUGGAGACUCUAAAAGGUGAGAGAAAUACCACUUUGCGGAAGUGUUUGUUGCUGUUUCGGUGAUGUCCCCUUCUUUGGUGACACUUGCCCUUUUUUUUUCAACAUCCUUCUCAUAAGAUUCCUGUCUUCUCAGAGUUACGAGAGGAUAACUGCCAGCCCCCAGCCUACCUGACAGAUGGAGUGAAAGCCUUGAUUACUGCACUGAAGAACUGGCUGAAACGAGAGGUAGGAUACUACAGGAAACCAGAUUAUUUUGUCCGUGCAACAUCCGACUUUACAGAAUAGGACGUUUGGGCACAUUAUCUACACUCUACUGUAAUCUACACUGGGCUCCUUCAAGGUCAAUGGUGGGCAGGUUGUAUCCGGUGUGAUGGUAUGACCUGGCUGGGAACCUGUAACCACCAUCUGCAGACAGACCGUACAAGCCCCUCAUUAUCCCCCUGCUCUCUGCCUCUCCUCAGGUCACAGAGCCGGCCAGCGAGGUCCCGGACCAUAUCAGACCCAACCAUCUGAUUAAAGAACUCACAAAGGAAAUCCGCUACCUGGAGGUAAGGCCCAGCGUGGAGCCUGGGAGGGGAAAGAGGUCCUCAGGCUGUAAUGUGAAAACAUAAAGGAGAAGUAAAGCUCACAGUACUUGGAGCUGGUUCUAAACAUUUGUGCUCAGAGUAAAAGUUGGCUGUUCCUCAUCAUCUUUUCCUCUUUGUCUUUUAUAAAUACCAGGUCAAAAGCACUGUGUUUCUUUGAAGCUGGAUAUUGUAGCGUUGUGGUUCUGUACUAACUAGCAUCUCUUAACCACAGGAGGAGGAGCAGAGUGGAGGUAGCAAGCCAAUUAAAUCUCAGGGAUGUGGAGCGUGCCUGCUGACGCGGUCAACUCUGGACAAGGCUAGCCAUCAUGCUCGCAGGACAGCUAGGCGGCUACGGCACCACCACCAUCAUCACCAUGCGCCCAAGACCCCCUCCAACCUGGAGAUCCUGGAGCUGCACACACGACAGGUGCUCAAGAGGCUGGAGGUGGGACCCUUUGAGGAGGUGAGGGCACACACUACCCUCUCCCCCAUGCUGCUUGGUGUAACCCAUUGUGCAACUCCAUUUCUCCUGGAUUAUCCAUGUCUUGGAGGACGUUACUCAUACACUGAGGCUAGGUUCAUUAUAAACUUUUGUUAAAGUAAAUCUCUAUGCCACUUUCUCAGGAUGUCGCAUUCAGCUCCACGGUGAUGGCCAAGUUCAACAAGCCGUCCAUGGCAUCGGCUGCAGCGGUGGAGCGGAGCCUGGACAACAACCUCCUACUAGUGAUGUGCAAUGGCAGGAUUAUUAGGUGAGUUGGAAGAACCCCCACCCCCCUCUCUGGCACCCUUGGCCCCUAGGCUGCCUGUGACCUUUCCAGGGAAGGAGCCUAGGAUCUGGGGCCUGGGUUAAUGGUUCCUCUGCCCCCCGACAACUCAAGUCCUGAGUCAUGCAUCACCUCCCCACAGGUAGAGCAAUGACUCACUACCUACUCAACACCCAACACCUCUGACUGGCUUUGACGAUGCUCCGCACUGCUCGACUUAUUGGCUAGAGCGGUUUCAUGUUACAACUCAGAGCUGCCAUUGUGCAGCCUUAACAUGUUAGGACGUACCACCUGCACUAUGCAAUCUUUACAUGUUUCAACUCAUCACUUAAAUAAACUUUAACCAAAAUAACAGGAGGUAAGAUGGGUUUCAGUGCCAAAUGCUGUGGUUUGUCUAUUUGUUUGCCUCCAGGGUAUUUCUCCCCUUCUUACUAUUGUGUGUAUGUGUGCACAGAGAUGAGCGUCGUCACACCAGGUUGAAGAGUAGUCUGGUGCAGGACGGUAAGAGGACUGGCGACCACCAGAGGGAAGGGGUCCUGGUGAAGACAGAGAUCAAUGACAGCAAGCAGGAACAGCACCGAGACCAAGAGAGAGAGGAGAAACCCAGCCCCCUCAGCAGUGAGUCUAACUGGUCAAGUCACCAGCUGUCAAUCAACGGUUUAGGUAGGCUCAACUUUGAAUGCACCAGAAUUUCACGUAAAAAUUAGGUGCAGAGAUAUUUCAUUCAUCCUUCUCUUUUUCCUCCUCAGAGUUUUUCGAAAGAGUGAAUACCGAACUCAGGGAAGGAGCCGCGGUGUACUCCGACAUUUCAGACUCUGAGUCCAAAGAACGUUGCUCUACGCAGGUAGCUAAUCCCACUUCCUUUCAAGGGCCCUGUCUCUCCUUCAAACAGAAGAAGUGUUUAAGUUGUAAAGUUGUCUAUGUGAUUUGUGCAGAAAAAGGACUCCUCAGGGGAAGAUUCGGGGAGCUCAGAGGAGGAGGAUAAGGAGCAAUGCAGGACAGAGCGAGGCACAGGCAGUGUGACGGACCUGCACCAGGCCAGCCAGGCCUUCCGCCACUUCCACAAACCACUCAAAAGGUACAGGAAGCAUGGAUGAAUGGACCAAGUGGCAUUCUUGUUCUAAGGAUUCUGCAUGAUUCAUUCAUUAUCCAGUUGAGUUAAGAGAUUCAUUAAGUUGUUCCUAUACUCGUUUUCAGACAACGCCCUACCUCUCCAACCACAGAAGAAGAGGCUAUUGAGGGCAUGCUGUCCAUGGCAGGGCUGCUUUAUCCUCAGCGACCAGAGGAGAGCAGCACUGCCCAGGAGCCCUGGUGGUCCAGGCCGGCCCAUCAAUCCCCCGACAGUGGUACACUCCAGUCCUGAAAUGCUUAUAAACACCAUUUGACUAAGCCCCUAAUUCAAGGGCGGCAGGUAGCUUAGUGGGUAAGAGCGUUGUGCCAGUAACCGAAAGGUCGCUGGUUCUAAUCCCUGAGCCGACUAGGUGAAAAAUCUGUCGAUGUGCCCUUAACCCUAAUUGCUCCUGUAAGUCGCUCUGGAUAAGAGCGUCUGCUAAAUGACUAAAAUGUAAAUGUAAUCCAUUUCAGAUAGUAAACUUUCUCUGUGGUUGUUCUGUAGGUGGAAGAGAGCCUGUGUCAGGGGAGGAGAGCCAGGAUUCAGACAGCAACUCCACACUGAGCCUUCAGGUAAUAAUCAAGGAUGAAUGGGUCAUGCCUGCACAUGCUGAGACUGACGUCUAUUAAGACUGAUGUCUCUAAUUUGAGACUACAUCAGAAUCACUCACUCUGUAUUUGAAUGACUGAUAUUCCUCUCUAGGUAACAAGUUGGGAUUUUGUUCAAAGAACAGCAGAUCCAAUUUAAAGUAAUAGUCUCGCCUUCCUUUAGGAUGAGCGGAGGGCCCAGCAGCAUGUGCGUAAGGAGUGUCGAGCCGAGCUUAGCCAGCGGAUCCAGGAGAACAAGAACUUCAUGGACAGUCAGAGCAGUGGGAGUAACAGUAACAGCAGCGAGGCCUGGGGGGACCAAAGCCCCUCUCAGGCUGCCUCUAGCCCCCUCCACCUGGACCCCAGCUCAGGGACUGACUACCAGUACAGUGAGACCUCCCUGUCACCCCCCCGGCACCCCUCCAAGAGGCCCGCUCCAAACACCCCACCCAUCAGUAAUCAAGCGACUAAAGGUUUGACUCCAUAUUUCUUUAUUUUAUUUAGCUGAAAUUAGCGUAGCAUUAUUCCUCUCUCUAUCUCGCUCAUCCUUUUGUUAUUGAUCUCUGUGCAAUGUUUUUCUCCUCAGGAAAACGUCCUAAGAAAGGUAUGACCACCGCUAAGCAGAGACUGGGGAAGAUUCUCAAGCUGAGCAGGAACAACCACUUCUUGCUA